UCUAAAAUUGUUCAUUUGAGGACUGAUAGUAUGUCACUGGCCACAUUUCAUGCUUAGUUUGUAGAUCAGUUAUAAAAAUUCUCCAUUACAUCCCAAAGCGUUGACAAAUAUCAUUAACAUCUAGGUUAAGAAAGCUUUGUUUUUUAGCGUGGGUGAAACCUAUUGCCAGUUUUCACCCUAUUGCACUUUCAAAAUGGCUAAAUAUUUCCCAUUUUUUAUAAAAAGGACUUAGUUUAAUGAAUGCUUCCCCCCAGGUUUUAUCAUCAUCUCAAAAGCAAUCAACUCUGAACAUCUCUUUAAAAUGAUUUUACAUUGCCAUUUAUGGCAUUCUGGUAUCUUUACUGUGUGCUUUGUGUAGACACUACUAUAAUAUACCUCCAUAUAUAGGUACCAAGCACUAGUGUACCAGUUACAUCAAUAUUGCCAUACAAAUAACUUCUUCUCACUAAACUUCUUGUAGGUGCGCCUUCAAGUACAAAGUGUAGAGAAACCUCUCUACCGUGGGACCUACCAUUGCUUUCAAUCUAUCAUAAAGCAUGAAUCAGCAUUUGGACUUUAUAAAGGUAUUGGGUCACCAAUGAUGGGACUUACCUUCAUUAAUGCACUUGUGUUUGGCGUUCAGGGAAACACAAUCCGUGCUCUCGGAAAAGACACUCCUCUAAACCAGUUUCUUGCAGGUUCGGCAGCAGGAGCCAUUCAGUGUGUGAUCUGCUGCCCUAUGGAGUUAGCUAAGACAAGAAUGCAACUUCAGGGAACAGGUGAAUACAAUCUAAGGUCAAAGAAUUACAAGAAUUCUCUAGAUUGCUUGGUUAAAAUCUACCAAAAGGAAGGUUUGAGAGGCAUCAACAGGGGCAUGGUUUCCACAUUCCUAAGAGAGACACCGAGCUUUGGCUUUUACUUCCUGACAUACGACUCUUUGACCAGAUACCUAGGCUGUGAAGUGGAGGACAGUUACAUCAUCCCCAAAUUGCUGUUGGCUGGAGGCAUGUCAGGAAUUGUAUCCUGGCUGUCUACCUAUCCUGUGGAUGUGAUCAAGUCCCGGCUUCAGGCAGAUGGACUCAGAGGAGUUGUUCAAUACAAUGGAAUUCUGGACUGUGUUAGAAAAAGUUACCGUGAGGAAGGUUGGAGGGUGUUUACAAGGGGUCUUACUUCUACACUUCUCCGAGCUUUCCCUGUCAAUGCAGCUACUUUUGCCACUGUCACGGUGUUUCUUAUGUAUAUGAGGUCGGAAGAGAAUCUACAUGAAUGUGAGGCAGGUCCAGCAAUCCAGCAGCCUUCAAGCUUGUGAAUUCAUUGUUCAGUGAUCUAACACAUCUGUUACAUGUUUAUUUUCUGGAGUUCAUUUUACGGGGCUUAUUUUUGUAAACAUUUUAUCUAUAGAAACUGUGUAAAUAAAUUCUAUCUGUAUAAAGGCUGUUACUUAGGAUUUCAUCUCAUCACUUCUAUAAGCAGCUUAUUGCCUUUUAUAAUGAUCAAAAUGUGUUAAUCCAGGCAAUGUAGGGAUCUGACUUUAGAAACAUACUGUACAGACAUUGCUGCUCUAUCACUAUGUAUGGUCUGGAGAAUCUUGUAAUACCAGAAACCAGGUUUUCUUCCAAUCCUGUUUUGAAUGACCAAGUGGAUCAUAUUGUUUGAAUACAAAAAAUGCUCUUUUGUAUUUGACUGGGACACCUGUAGCCUUUAUUAGAAGUCAUGGUUUACUAUGCUGGAGAUGUUACAGAGAACUCUUAAAUGUUUAAGGCAUGGAGUAGCCUUCAGCUAGCCACAUCUUUCUCCUUGGCUUUUGUAAAUUUGAGUUUAGUUUAUUUAAGUAACUUCUCUCACUUCCUUCUAUACACAGAUGUAUUUCUUGUUUCAUUGUGCUUAAAAGGAGCAUUUGAACCCCACCUACAUUUGUUUCUUUAAAUUGCAGAGUUAAGGAAACUCAAGGCAAGUGAGGUUGAUGGCAUGAUUUGCUUUUACUUUCAACUUUAUUCAUUUUUGUGUGUGCAUGGAAAGUGUUAACUAGCUUUAGUGCAAGCAGCUUUCGUUCUUCUGGAGAGGUUUAUGUAAUUGGUGAGCGGUGGCAUGUAUUCUCCAAACAGGCAAUAUGGCAGUCAGUGAUGUGUAAUAUGAAGUCCUUUCUUAGUUACUGCUCAAAUUGUUAAACUGUUGGGUCAUCACUUAUAUACUUUUUGUUUUUUAUAUAGUGGUGAAAAUACACAGAGGCAUAGAGGUGGAGGUUCCAUAUGCCACUGUGGAGUAAUGGAUAGGGGUGUAAUGCCUAAGAAAAGGGAUUAGGGUUUGGUAUUACAUUAAGUUCUUAUACUACACUGUCCUGACUGUGUAUUUGGUUACAGUGCAUUGGGAUAAAGUCAUACUGAAAAGGGUUCUGGAGAAUCUUUUGUAACAUUCACCAGCUGUUAUAUUUAUAGCAGUGUGCCCAAAAGGGAUUACUUUAAUGGCUUUAAACAAAAUUAUCCAAAAUUUUGGAUCAGAACCACAAUUGCUUGGCACAAACAUGAAGGGGAAGCAUGUUAAAUGUAUCAAGCUUGCUCAGUGAGAUAGUGGAUGUUGAACAUGUUACACUUCUGCUUGGGACAGGUGCAAUAUGUGUU